UCUCCAGUGCUCUAUAUGCGGCUCUUCUGGAAUCUGCUCCAAAUGUUUUCCAUAUUAGUUCAGAGCCCUUUCUGAAUCUGAAUAGUAGAGAGAGAGAAAAGCCUUCAGUGAGGAGGGAGGGGAAGGCCAGUGUGAAGAAACAGUCCAGCAAAAGAAACGGCAGGAAGAAAGGACUAAAAACCAAGAGCGUCCAGUCGGCCUUUAAAGGAAGAUUGAGAGUUUCAACACAAGACAGGAGGAAUUAUGGGGUUGGGGAUGAAUCCGAAGGUAGGAGGCAACCAAAGUAGUGAGAAGAAGGGAAAGACAGAAACUGGAGGCCCGGUGCUGGAGGAAGCCCAGAAAUGUUGUGGCUGCCGCUUUCCUCUGCUGGUGGCUCUCCUGCAGCUUCUGCUGGGCAUCGCAGUGGCAGCUGUGGCCUUCCUCAUGCUUGCCAUUAGCUCCUCUCUGCUGGCCCGGGAGACGCCCCAUUGGGCCGGCAUCAUUAUGUGUGUGGUGUCUCUGCUGGGAUUCGUCCUCUUCUGUAUCACCAGAGUGCCUGAUGAGAGAGCGUUGCUUCAGUUUGUUAUAAAGCUCCUGUAUUUCUUCCUAUGCACAAUGGGUCUGGUCAUGUCAGUGGUGGUCAUCGCCUUCCAGUGCUACCAUUACACCCUGGCCAACAGCUUCAGCUGCAGGGAAACACGUGAGGAUUGUAUUUGCACCCUGGACCCAGAGGAUCCCAUCGCUCGCAUGUUCGUCUUCAGCGCUGUGCCAGACUGCAGUGCCAUCACCAGCACUCUGCCCAUGUAUUACCUCCUACAGGUGCUGCUCAACCUGGCCCAGGCCAUCGUCUGUCUGCUUGGAGCCUUCCUAAUAUGGAAGCACAGGUACCAGGUGUUUUUCGCUGGGCUACAGACGGGAUCUCCUGCUGCCCAGCACUGGCAGAAAGCUUAGGAUUUCUCUGGAGAAUUGGGAGCGUUUGUGCCUUUGGGGAAGGAAACUGUUUGCUGCAGAAUUUGUUUCCAUUGGGAGUUUUGCGUCGUGUGACCUUUUGUCAAAGAAAUCGAAUGAGUCUGUUUGUGUUUGCUGAGUUAUGAUGUUUUAGAAAGUUUUAUGCUGUUUUUCUUUUAGAUUUGUACUUUUCUACACUGGCUGUUUGAAAAUGUCCAUGCGUCAAGGUUAACGCUCUUUUUUAUUCCACUGCCAAGGAGAGUAUUUUUAUCUAUGAAAUCAGUAUAUGACGCAAAACAAGACCUAUUUAAGCAGGAAGAUGAAUGACAGUCUGGUGCUGUUGUCACUGUUUUGGUAAUGUCAUCCAUAAAAAAAUUCAUAGCCAGUAUUGCACUUUGUUAGUCAAAAACACACAUUGGACAAUUUUCACUUGUGAUUCUAGGGGGUUUCUGAGAUAAAAUUUCAUACACUUAAAAUAUAUUAUGUUGAAUUACUAUUCAUAACUUAAAACUAUCUUUCUAUCCAUCCAUCCAUCCAUCCAUCCAUCCAUCCAUCCAUCCAUCCAUCCAUCCAUCUAUCUAUCUAUCUAUCUAUCUAUCUAUCUAUCUAUCUAUCUAUCUAUCUAUCUAUCUAUCUAUCUAUCUAUCUAUCCAUCCAUUCUAUAUAGAUCUAUCUAUCUAUCAUUGUGAUAAUGAUCCUUAUUAUUGCAAUACAAAAUAUAGUUUAUCCUAUGUUAGCAAUAUAUUACUUUCUAAUGGUCAGUUAUUAGGGAUAGUCAUAAAGAAUGCAGUCAUGCCAUAAAGAAAUUUUGAUGACUGGACUUGCAUACAUAGACUACCUGACAAAAGUCUUGUUUUCAAUCCAAGUUGUAAAAGCAACAAAUAAUAACUUGACUUCUAGUUGAUCAUUUGGAAAAGUGGCAGAAGGUAGAUUUUUCAGAUGAAUUAUGUGUUGAACUACACCCCAAUCAUCACAUAUACUGCAGAAAACCUAUAGGAACCCGCAUGGACCCAAGAUUCACAUUGAAAUCAGUCAAGUUUGGUGAAGAAAAAAUCAUGGUUUGGGGUUACAUUCAAUAUGGGGACUUGCGAGAUAUCUGCAGAGUGGAUGGCAAAAAAAUCAACAGCCUGAGAUAAAGACAUGUGUGCUGCUCAUUACAUUAGAAACCACAGGAGAGGGCAAAUUCUUCAGCAGGAUAGCGCUCCUGCUCAUACUUCAGCCUCCACAUCAAAGCUCCUGAAAGCAAAGAAGGUCAAGGUGCUCGAGGAUUGGCCAGCCCAAACACCAGACAUGAACAUAACUGAGCAUGUUUGGGGUAAGAUGAAGGGGGGGCAUUGAAGAUGAAUUCAAAAGAAUCUUGAUGAACUCUGGGAGUCCUACAAGAACGCUUCCAGAUGACUUCAUCAAUAAGUUAUUUGAGUCAUUGCAGAGAUGAAUGGAUGCAGUCCUCCAAGCUCAUGGGAGUCAUACACAAUAUUAAUUCUUUUUCCACUGCACCAUGACUUUAUAUUCUAUACUGUACAUUAUUUCUGUUAAAUGACAAGACUUUUGUCUAAGCAAAGUCAGACCUUACUGUACUAAUUAUAUAAUUAAAAAAAAUCAAGGCAUGAUCAUAUUUUAUUUUGGUAAAAUAAGCGUAUUCAAGAGGCCUUUGCCUUUCAUACAAGCCACUUAUCAAAUGAUUAACUAGAAGUCAAGUAUUAUUUGUUGUUCCUAAAACUUGGAUAGACGACGACAAGACUCUAGUCAGGUACCCAUGAGUGCAUGUUUUUAUAAUAUUGUAAAUAUAAAAUUUGCUCAUUUUAAUUACAAUCCAAAAUAUGUAUUAAUUAUUAUUAAAAUAUAAAUUAUAAGCAAAAUAUGCAAAAAGUAUAUACUGUAUAUGUCAGAGUAUGCAAUAUGACACAUGUACAUAGGGAUAGAUAACUAGAGAUGUAAAUCUCUAGAGACUGACUAGAGAUGUUUGGCAUGUGAAAAUAAGUAAAUAUUUAAGACAAACAUAUCAAAUAAUCAGAAACAGUGCUGUUUUAGCUGAGAAAUGAAGGCAGUGUCCAGUGAUGGCUUGUGGACUGAAGUCACAGUUCCUGCAGCCAGUAAACAGCAGACAUUCACUGAUCGGGGGGAUUCAAGGGGUACUUUGACAAACAGCAGGCACUGCCUAAGCACAAGCAAUAGAAAUGUAAUGCUGUUUUUUUCUACACGAGUUUACUGCAACUUAUUUUUUUUUUGCAAGGUGGAAAUUGAAUGAUUGUAAAACUUGACAAUCAAACCAAAAAAAGAGAGUAUUCACGAACUCAUUGUGGAUGAAUCUUGUAACCAAAUGAAAAGGGCUGAGUGAUGUGAACACUGCCAACAGGAAGAGGUGUCAAGAGUCUGUCGCUUUAAAGGUGACAUCCAAGACCCCAUGAAAUCAAAUAUAAGCUUUAAAAAAAAUAAAAAGUCUUCAUGAACCAGAAGCUGAAAUUUUUUUCUGUAUAGUGAUGCAGUCCCUAGAGAAACAAAAUGUUUAAGUGGGCGUGGUUUGUUUUUCCUACUGCGAGCUGAUUGGAUGUAGUAAAGUAGGCAUUUCAUUCAGAGAGAUGGGGAAAAGGGUUUGGGGAGAGUUAUUACAACCUAACAGACACCUCCUCCUCACUAUUUCUGUUGGUUAUCAUAACGCUGUCAAAAUUGACAGUUGGAGUGGCGUGGUUAAGUAUGUUAGCCACACCUAAUACCUCAGGCAGACGUAAUCUGAGAAUUGAACUGAAAACAAAGAGGAAGUGCAUUUUCAGAUUUCAAUUUUAGAUUUAGAAGGUCAAACUAUUUUUAUUUUCUCAAUGACAUGCACAGAUGAAUUGUUCAGCACAAAUCUAGCAAAUAAAUAUGGUUAGUUUUGAUUUGAUGUGUACUUUAAGCUUAUGUUUGCCUUGAUGAAAGCUAUGAGCUAGUAUGAAACCAAAACAAUUACACAACAUGCAUUUAGAAGAUAUAUUCAAAAAUGUGCAUCCAAAUUCGCAUAUGUCCCUACUAUAUAGGGAAAGAAUACUUUUCCAUUCAACAGUGUGUUCUCUGUGUCGAUAGUGCGUAUUUUCUCGAGAACUGUGCACUGAUGUCUACUUCCUCUGUUGAAACUAAGCACAGGCGCAUCUGAGGUAAUAUUUUAGAGGUACGACACAUGAAUGUGCACCCUAUACUGACACUGAGGAAAAACAAACUGUUGAAUAAAGUAAUUUUUAAUGUGCGCACAAAUGUGUUUUUGUUGCAUGAUAAUAUUCAGAUUAAACCACAUAUAGACUGAUUUUUUUUUGUAUUUGUAUUUUAAAUGAAUCAGGACUGUUGCCGUCUAUACUUAAAAAAAUCUCUUACUUAACAGUUUCCGUAUUUUUGGAUUCAUGUUUUCUGUUUAUUUAUGGUUGUAAAUAGCAUUAUGGGACUUUGAUCUCCACUCUGUCGACUUUUGAUGUUUUGCAAAUUCAACUGUAAAGUUUAACAAAGUGACUUUUAUUGACAUUUUAGUGGUUUGAAAUAAUAUAAAUGUAUAAGAAAUAAUACAGAAAAGAACAGUCUGUAAAAUAACACAACAUGUGGCAGUUUAUUACAAGGUUUUUGUAGCGUAAUGUUCAACACCAAACUCAGACAAUAAAUCACUUUCAACUCUUACAAAUGUUCAUAAAAGUCACUUUUUUAAUUUUUCAAGGUUAUAAGUUGUUGGAAAAAAGAUCAAGGCCCCAUAAUGUAAUUCAAAAGCAUUGAUAAAUGUGGGAAAAUAAAAAUGAACAAUAUGAAUCACAAAAUACAGGAAACCGCUACUUUAUGGAUGUUUUUUUAGUGUACGGAGGAUGUGAGAGCUCUCAGAUUUCAUCUAAAAUAUCUUCAUUUGUAUUCUAAAGAUAAAUGGUCUCAGGGAUUGGAAAGGCAUUGGCGGGGGUAGGGGGGUAAUUAAUAGCAAUUUAAAUUUCUGGGUAAAGUAACCCUAUAACAACAGCAUAUCUUUAACAAUGUUGCUACAGUUGAAGUCAGAAUUAUUAGCCUCCCUUUGAAUUUUUUUUUCUUUUUUAAAUAUUUCCCAAAUGAUGUUGAACAGAGCAAGGAAAUUUUCACAGUAUGUCUGAUAAUAUUUGUUCUUCUGGGGAAAGUCUUAUUUGUUUUAUUUCGGCUAAAAUAAAAGCAGUUUUUAAUUAAAAAAAAAACAUUUUAAGGUCAAAAUUAUUAGCCCCUUUAAGCUAUAUUUAUUUUCGAUAUUCUCCAGAAAAAAACCAUCCUUAUACAAUAACUUGCCUAAUCACCCUAACCUGCCUAGUUAACCUAAUUAAACUAGUUUAGCCUUUAAAUGUCACUUUAAGCUGUAUAGAAGUGUCUUGAAAAAUAUGUAGUAAAAUAUUAUUUACUGUCCCCAUGGCAAAGAUAAAAUAAAUCAGUUAUUAGAAACGAGUUAUUAAAACUAUUAUGUUUAGAAAUGUGUUGAAAAAAACUUCUCUCCAUUAAACAGAAACUGGGAAAAAAAAAAUAAACAGGGGGGCUAAUAAUUCAGGGGGGCUAAUAAUUCUGACUUCUACUGUACGUAGGAUCUUGACCUCCCCAAAGAAGCCUUACUGGUGCUACAUAGCACUGACGUUGAUUCCGCUAUGAUUACAAGCCAAAGAACCACUUAGCGAAGAUAAAUAUUCCCUCAACUACCACAAAUAAACUCAAGAACCUUUUUUUUCCUGUGUGUGUAACCCUAAUUAUGCGUGUUUAAAAGAACUUUGGGGGACAUUUCAUUCUGCUGUUUGGAAGAGAGGCAAGACGAUGCUUCAGCACAGAAGAAAAAGAAAACAUCCAUAAAUAUAAGGUUUAUGUGACUCAUCUUUGCUUUGAGCUGAUUUCCAAUAAAAGGCAUUUAUAUAA